UAAUAGUUUUUUAUUCUUGUGAAGUUUGUCGAAAGUUUAACAAGUUGCCAAUAAAUAACCAAACGAAACCAAAAUGUUCAGAAACGUAAUCGUUGCAAUCGCAUUGAUCUCCAUGGUUUGCGCUUUACCUAACCCAGAGGCCAAGCCUGAAGCUAAACCAGAGGCCAAACCUGAAGCUAAACCAUCAGGCAUAAUUUCGGCUUACGCAGCUGCUCCAUUGGUUGCUGCUCCAGCGUUAGCUGCCCCCGCUGCUCCCCUAAUUGCGGCUCCCUAUGCGGCUCCAUUCUUCGCAGCUGCUUAUGCUGCCCCAUCUAUCCACCCAUACCCAUACCCUGCUGCUGCUUUAGUAUUGUAACCAAGGAAAAAAUAAAUAAAUUGUAAUAAUUUAAACACCAAAAGUGCAAAAAUAUACCGAAAUUAAUUUUUCA